UGGAGGCUUUGCUGCUCAUCACUCAGUCAGUGAGCAACAACGUUCGACUGAAAUGGCUGCAGCUCUGUCCCGCGCCCUCAAACUGCCUGGGAAGAAGGGCUCAGAGCUGGGCGAGUACGACCCUCUGACCCAGGCCGACAGCGAGGACGACAGUGAAGAAGACGACCUGGUGCUGAACUACCCCAGGAACGGCCUGGGUCGGGACCACUGCCACGGCUCCUCCAAGCCGAGAGGUGGCAGGUCUGGGCGGCACAUCACAGCGGGGGACGACGCGCCAGACGAGGAGGACGAGUGGCGGGAGCAGCCACUGAGCAAGAGCGGGCAGGACGGGGACCAGGCCAAGCCCUGGGGCCCAGCAGGCGAUGACGGAAGAGGUCCCCCAUCGUCAGGUGGACCUGGGAGUUGCGAGGCCGAGGAGAAGCGGCUGAGGAUCAAGACCGCCGUCCGGACGCUGUGUUUCGUGGUGCCGCUGGUGUGCGCCGGGGCGUUGGUGCUGCUCUGCGCUUUCCUGAUUCCCUGCCGCAACGGAGGUCUGGCCAAGAGGUCGCAGUGGGAGCGAGCACUGGGAGAGGCAGGAGGUGUCACGCCACCUGCCCUGACUUUAUGGGACAUCGACGGAGACUCGGUGGACGACAUCAUUCUGGGAGUUACGGACUGGACCAACGGCUCUCAUCUGCUUCCGGCCAACAAAAUCUACAGUGCGGUGGCGCUAUCUUCCGCCCGCGGUCACAUGCUGUGGCGGAAGACCAUGAAGGAGACGGUGAUGUACAUCCAGUGUGGUCUGCAGCCGCCCUCCUCACAGCUGCCGGCCUGCCUGCUCAUCGGGAAGUCCAUCAUCGUGGCCGUCAACGUCACCACAGGGAAGACUUUGUGGUCUAACAAAGCUCUGAAGAACAUUGAGUCUCAGGCGGUCUUGCUUCCAGACCUCCAGGGAGACCUGGUCCCGGAUCUGCUGCUGGCCACGCUGCCCGAAGAUGAGACUCUGGACCUGUCUCUGACCCUGAUCUCCGGACUGACUGGGGAAAAACUUGGCCAGUCGGUGCCGUUCAACCUGACGGGCCAGGGGAAGCUGAUCGGCCCUCUGAUCCACGAGACCCAGCAGGGGUCCUACUACGUCCUCUUCGGCCUCGGUAACGUGGAGGCCGUGUCCCUGCGGGACGUCUACGCCCGCGCCACCGGAAGGCCGCCCGUCACUCCGCUCCUCCGGAGGAGGGAUCCUGUAUGGGAGGGACUGAAGAAAGCCAACUCGUCCUCCUUCAUCCACAUCUACAGAGGCUCAGAGCGAGUGGACUUCCUGCUCCCCCUGGUGGCGGGCUUCGGUAACAACCACAACUGCUUGGACCAGCUGUCCAACCGCAACUCCUCCAGGAGCGACUGGGUUCUGGUCUACGGCUCCAGCAAACUCUCCCUGCUCAGGCAGCGAGACGUUCACAAGCAGUGGACCUUCAUCUCGCCACCGCUCCACAGCCAGCCGGUCCCGGGUCACUUCAACGACGACGGCGUUCUGGACCUGUUCGUUCAGCACUCGGCUAACGGCGUCAUGAAGGCUCUGGUCAUCGACGGCGCCAACAGUCGGGUCCUGUGGUCCGAAGAGUUUGUGUGUCCUCGUCUAGUGAUGGAACCCUCAGCUGUCUUCACCUCAGGCAGCCAGUCCGCCUUCCUCUUCUGGGCCGGCGACCCCAUCAGAGCGCAGAGAAAUGUGUCCAGGCCCACGGUGUCUCCUGCUGCAGCGCCGCUCAUCAGGAAGCUCUUCCUGCUCCAUCCUGCGUUUCCCACAAUCCUCCUGGAGCUCAACAGCACCACAGACACGUCCGUCACCUCUGCAGUGAGCUACCAGCCGAGUCAGAGUGACGCCACCUACAUCAGCGUGUCGUCGCGGCCCACCACCGACUCCGAGUCCGGGACCCGGGUCAUCAGGAGCAUCGGCCUCAGAGCCGCGAUUAGCAGGGCCCAUCUGGUCCGGCUCGGGAACCAGGAUAAGACCGGGCCGGACAAACCCGGAACCCUCGAGGUCACCAAGUUCUUCAGACGUCUCGCCUUCACACACCCAUGAGGACCCGCUGCUGCCACCUGUGGGAGGUCCGCGCCACUGCACCCAGGACGUCGUUUUCGUCAUCAAGAAUCAAAAGCUGUUUUCGUUUUAGCUGCAAGCACGUGUUUACUUUUGGUGCAGAAUCUUCUCUGGUACUGAUUCGAACUGAAGUCUCCAGUUUGCACUUUAAUGUUGUCCGUUCACGAACGAAGCACAAGGACACACAGAGUAGUCGCCAUGAGGACAACAAGCUUGUUGCCUGAUGUUUCUGUAAAUAUGUGAGGAUGUACAGUAUUUAAUGUAAAAUGCGUUUUAAAUAUCCACUCUGCUGUUUUGUCUGAAAUACUGCUGUUUUUUUAUGUGGAAAUACAUUCAGACAGGAGCCAGAAGAACUCGUUUUUCAUGUCUUCGUGUUCAUCAAUAAUUUGUCAGUUUUACUUUGUUUACUGAUUUAAUUGUGAUACUGAAAUUGUUAGCAACUUCUCAGACUGUUUUUUUUUUCACUCGAGGAGGCGUCAACAUGUUCUUGA